AAUCAAAUUCUCAAAUUAAUAUAACGCCUCCACCGAUAAAUAUAUAGGCCGGGGGAUGACGGUAUUGAGCUUUGAUAACCCGAAAUUCUGAAAUUGUGAGGAGAGAAGAAGAAGCUGUUGUUGAAACAUGUAUCACCCUACCAGAGGCGGUGUUCGUGGUGGCCGCGAUCAAUUUACUUGGGACGAUGUGAAAGUUGAUAAGCAUCGAGAGAACUAUAUUGGUCACAGUCUCAAGGCCCCUGUUGGAAGAUGGCAGAAAGGAAAAGACCUGCACUGGUAUACGAGGGAUAAAAAUUCUUUGAAUGCAGACAUGGAAGCUGCUAAAGAAGAGAUCAAAAGGAUUAAGGAAGAGGAGGAGCAGGCCAUGAGGGAGGCUCUUGGCUUAGCUCCUAAGCGUGCAAACCGCUCACAAGGUAAUCGGCUUGAUAAGCAUGAGUUUUCAGAGCUUGUGAAACGAGGUUCUACUGCUGAGGAUGUUGGUGAAGGGCAUGCUGAGGCAGCCCAUGUUCAUGGUCUUGGUUUCUCAAGAGCACAUCGCCCUCACAUGGAAUCAAGUUCUCAUCCAUCAACUGUUGAAAACAUUCCACCUGAAAUGCCAGCAGUACCCUUGUCUAAUCCAACUAACCCAACGACAAGAAACACUGAAGAAGAGAGAUCAGAGGAUGAAAGUAAUCGAAAGAAAAGGAGGCAUGAUGAAAGGAAGCACGAGAAGCAUGAAAAGCGUGAAAAGAGAGAGAAGCACAGUAAACAUGAAAAAUAUGAAAAGCAUGAGAAAUAUGAGAAGCGUCAUUCCUCGGAUGACAGGAGGAAACACAGGAAAGAAAAGGAAAGAAGACAUGGUUCGGACUAAAGUAAUUGUACAAUGAUAAAUAAGCUGGGAAAUUAUAUGCUUCAUAUAUGAAACUUUUUUGGACCUUAUUGUUGUUCAAAAUUUCUAAGAGGGAAAUUUCUAUUGAAAUUUUGCUGUCCUUCUUGUGGGAUAUUAGACGAUUCAGUAAAAGUCCCCUCUAAUUGAAGAGACAGGGUCCCACGAUCGUCUUUCUCCAACGAAUGUUGGGACAAUGCCAGAUUAUUGAAGAGGUAAAUCUCAUGCUGCAAGAACUGUACCCUAAGUAAUAUUUAUUUGUUGGUUGUGUGUAGGUGCAUAUUUGCCAGACUAAUGUUCUUUUCUAUUAAUACAAUCUCUCCAGAUAAAUCACUGUUGAUGACCAUUUUGAUAACAAGCUGUACGAUAAAAAAGAACUUAGGUAAUAAUAACCAAACAAAAGAAAAAUAUUAUUAAUUCUUUGGUUAUUUAUUAAUUCUUUUGGACUUUAGGUCAAGAAUCCCAAAGUGGUUGUAUCUUUUGGUCAUUCUAUAUAGUAUUUUGUUCUUAUUAGCCUUCA